CACAGCUCCGCAGCCAGAAAGACACCGGCAGAGACUUCAGGAUUGUUUCCAUAGUGAUUCAGGGUGAGUAGAAGAGGAGGCUGCCUGUAUUCCCCCGCACCCCGCUCCUACAUAUCAGAGGGGUGUUUUAGUUAUCAAAUGCUUAGAGCGCAAACCAACCCAGGCAACGGUGUCUAAGGAAUCUACUGCCUUCUGCUCCUGGAAAUGAUGAGCCACCCUGACGCACACUGAAAGAGUCUCAAAGCCAUGGCCCCUGGCCGCCCUCCCACCAAAAAAUACUCAGAUAAGCCUCCAGCCUGGAACCUUAUCAGAACCUGAGCUGAAGUUUGGAUCUGUCUCUGCCCCGAGUGGAAGGCUGUGAGACCCUACCCUCCGGGGAGACAGCUUGCACUCCCCUCUUCCUGUGGAAGGGCAAAAGCUAUGGGUGGCCCGGUCCCGGGACACUCGAAUACGCUUCUCUUCUCCCCAGCAAGAGCCGUCCAGGUGAGGUCUGAGCCGUUCCCUUGCGCCCCAUGAGCUGAGCCCCCCCGGCCCGGAGCUCUAGUCGCCCAGCGCCAGGCCCCGACCAUGAAUUACAAGGAAACCACAGAGCUCCCCGAGAAGAGCCACCACUUGAAGGUUUUCCUGCCCAAGAAGCUGGUGGAGUGUCUCCCCAAAUGCCCUGCCCUGCCCAAGGAACGACUGCGCUGGAAUACCAACGAGGAAAUCGCCUCCUAUCUCAUCACCUUCGAGCGGCACGAGGAAUGGCUGUCGGGAUCACCCAAGACCCGCCCCCAGAACGGCUCCAUCAUCCUGUACAACCGGAAGAAGGUGAAGUACCGCAAGGACGGGUACUGCUGGAAGAAGCGCAAGGACGGCAAGACCACGCGGGAGGACCACAUGAAGCUGAAGGUGCAAGGGAUGGAGUGUCUCUACGGCUGCUACGUCCACUCGUCCAUUGUCCCCACAUUCCACCGACGGUGCUACUGGCUGCUGCAGAACCCCGACAUCGUCCUGGUGCACUACCUGAACGUACCGGCGCUGGAGGACUGCGCCAAGGUCUGCGGGCCCAUCCUCUGCUCCAUCAACAGCGACCGCAAGGAGUGGCUCAAGUGGUCCAAGGAGGAGCUGGUGAACCAGCUCAAACCCAUGUUCCACGGGAUAAAGUGGACCUGCAGCAACGGGAACGGGACCACGGAGUUCUCCAUCGAGCAGCUGGUGCAGCAGAUCCUGGAGAGCCACCAGGCCAAGCCCCCGCCCCGCACCCACGCCUGCCUCUGCAGCAGCAGCCUCGGCAGCCCGGGGCACGUCCCGCACAAGUGCGGCACCACCAGGCAUCGCAUCAUCUCCCCGAAGGUGGCGGCGCGGCCCUGCCCGGUCCCGGUCCCGGCCCUCCCCGAGCCACCGCGCCUGACCGACCCCAAGCCAGAGCCGGAGCCGGCCAAGCCUGACCGGAAGGAGCCCCCGGCACCUGCCGAGCCCCCCUCCCCAGAUGCCCCCCGGCCCUCGCCUGCCGUGGCCCUGUCGGUGGGGCUGCCAGGCAGCGCCGUGCUGGUGAUGACCGGCCUGGAGAAGCCGCUGGCCCUCACGCCCAGCCAGCACCUGGUGGCGGGCGACCCGCCGGUGGGCCUGGCCCUGCUGCCGGGCCCCGGGCUGGUCCUGUCCCAGAACCUGGAGGCCAGCAUGGAGACGGGGGAGGCCGGCUCCGAUACCUUCGACCCCGACUGCUUCCUCAACAGCCCCACCCGGGGCCAGACCUACGGGCGCCGGGCCCCGGAGCCGCCCCCGGCCGGCAACCGCUUCUUCAUCCAGGACGACGGGGGGGCGCCGGGGCGGGGGGGUGGGCGGCCUCUGGCCGGGGAGACCCCCAUGGAGAUGGGGGGGGCCCGGCCGGGCGGCGGGGCCGGGGAGCAGCUGCCGGAGGAGCUGUACUCCAUCAUCCAGACGGGGGUGGGAGGGGGGCCGGACCUGCCCUUUGGCCUCUCCCUGGACAGCCUCAUCUCCGAGCUCAUGACGGAGGGGGCCGGGGCUGGGGAGGGGAGCAGCCCGCCGCGCCCGGCCCUGCCCGACACCCCAGGCGAGGCCGCCCCCCCCGGGGGGCUCACAGCACCGGAGCCUCUGGUCACCAUCACCGACUUCUCGCCGGACUGGUCCUACCCCGAGGGCGGCGUCAAGGUGCUGAUCACGGGGCCGUGGACAGAGGAGACGGAUUCCUACAGCUGCCUCUUCGACCGGGUGGCUGUGCCGGCCGCGCUGAUCCAGUCGGGCGUCCUGCGGUGCUACUGCCCCGCCCACGAAGCCGGGCUGGUGGCCCUGCAGGUGGCCCGCGACACCCAGCUGGUCUCCGCCUCGGUGCUGUUCGAGUACCGGGGCCGCGGGUUCCUGGCGCUGCCCAGCACCCAGCUGGACUGGCUUUCCCUAGACGAUAACCAGUUCAGGAUGUCGAUCCUGGAGCGCCUGGAGCAGAUGGAGAAGCGGAUGGCAGAGAUGACGGCUUCCUCCCGGCAGCAGCGAGGGGCCUCGGGGGAUACCCCCCACACGCAGGCGGUGGCGGACUCCUUUGAGGAGCGGAUCGUGGCCCUGUGCGAGACGAUGAUGUCUCGCUCCUCCUGGCUCCACUCUGACACCCUGGUCCAUGACAUCCGCUUCCGGGGCAUGACUCUGCUUCACCUCGCAGCCGCCCAGGGUUACGCCCGGCUCAUUGAGACCCUCAUCAAGUGGCGGAACCUCAGUGCCGAGAGCCUCGAUCUGGAGCAGGAAGUGGACCCGCUGAACGUCGACCACUUUUCCUGCACCCCCCUGAUGUGGGCCUGUGCCCUGGGCCACCUGGAUGCGGCCCUGCUGCUGUACCGCUGGGAUGGCCGGGCCCUCUCCAUCCCGGACUCGCUGGGCCGGCUGCCCCUGGCCGUGGCUCGCUCCCGUGGCCACGUGGCCCUCGCCGCCCGCCUGGAGGAGCUGCAGCGCCAGGAGCCGAGCCCCGAGGGCGCCUUGGACAAGGGCUGGGGGCCGCCGUGCUCGGCCGAGGCCCUGGGCCUCCCCUCCCCGCUCUCCGCCAGCCCCGACACAGGGCUCAGCACGGUGAGCAGCGUCUCCUCGCCCUCGGAGCUCUCGGACGGCUCCAUCUCCGUCACGUCGGCCUACUCCAGCACCUCGGCCCUGCGCGACUCGCCCGCCGGCAGCCCCGAGCCUGAGGCCGCCAUGGACUUCGGGCCGCCCCCUGAGGGCUGGUACCUGCGGGACCCCCCGAGCCCGCCUGGCCUGCGCUGCUCCCCCCACUUCUUCAUGGACUACGAGGGGCCCCCCGAGCCAGAGCUGCUGGCUUACGGGGAGAACACGGAGAACGAGGGGUACCUGCCGGCCACUGACGUGCUCCAGGUGGACAUGAUCACACUGGCCAAGCAGAUCAUCGAGGCGACGCCCGAGCACAUCAAGCAGGAGGGUUUCAGCUCCGCGACCGAGGUGCCGCUGCGGGAACGAAGCGGGAACAUGGGGCUGAGCGAGACCAUGUCCUGGCUGGCCGGCUACCUGGAGAGCGUGGACCAGCUGCCCGGCGUCUCCCAGCACAGGCCGGUGCCCUCGUCCCGGGUGUGUCUCAGCCCCCUGCAGGCCCCGCUGGGGGAGCUGCCCUUCGACCGGCUGCCCCCACCCCCCACGGCCGCCAGCUGGGCUGAGUUCCUCAACGCCUCGGCCAACGGGAAGAUGGAGAGCGAGUUCGCGCUGCUGACGCUGUCCGACCACGAGCAGCGCGAGCUCUACGAGGCUGCCCGCGUCAUCCAGACGGCCUUCCGCAAGUACAAGGGCCGCCGGCUGAAGGAGCAGCAGGAGACCGCGGCGGCUGUGAUCCAGCGAUGUUACCGCAAAUAUAAGCAGCUCACAUGGAUCGCCUUGAAGUACGCUCUGUAUAAGAAGAUGACGCAGGCAGCCAUCCUGAUCCAGAGCAAGUUCCGCAGCUACUACGAGCAGAAGAAGUUCCAGCAGAGCCGCCGGGCCGCGGUUCUGAUCCAGCAGUACUACCGCAGCUACAAGGAGUACGAGAAGCUGAAACAGGGCCACCGCGCCUCUGCCGCCAUGCAGCAGAAGAUGAAGGGCCCUUUCCUUACGAAGAAGCAGGACCAGGCAGCCCGUAAGAUCAUGCGGUUCCUGCGUCGCUGCCGGCAGAGGAUGAAGGAACUCAAACAAAGCAAAGAGGUGGAAAGUUUACAGAAGCGAGGUCUGGCCACUUAGCGCCUCCCCCUGCGGCCUGCCAAAGCCCGGGGCAGCCAUGCUGGAAACCCAGGCAUCCGGGGUCAGCCACCCCCACCUUCGCUCCCCUUCUGAAACUGUGACGACGGAGUCUUAACCCCCUGGUGGCGAUGGAUUGUGGCCUCCCCUGGGGGGAGUCCGGGUCCCCCCGUCUUAACGAUUGUGCAAUAGAGCCUGGCUGGAGGGGAGCUGAUUGGGGGACCAGGGGGUGAUGGGAGCCCUUGGCUCGCUCUGCACACCAAGGGGGGUCCCCUGAGUUGGCCUGAAGGGGAUGAUGCAGCCAUGCUGGGUGGGGGGAUCUCUUCAGAACUGAGGUACCAUCCAUUGUAACCCCCAUAUCCUCCCCUACUCCCUUAAUGUCACCGGAUCUUUGUGCCAAGUUACCCCCGCCCAAGCUGGGAGCUAGGACAUCUGGGUUCUCUCCCCGGCUCCGGGGUGAGAGCGGGGGGCCUGGUGGGUCAGAGCAGGGGGGGCUGGGUGCCAGGACGCCUGGGUUCUGUCCCUGGCUCUGGGAGGGGAAUGGGGGCUGGUGCAUUAGAGUGGGGGGGGGGCUGGGUGCCAGGAUGCCUGGGUCCUGUCCCCUGGCUCUGGGCGAGGGGUCUGGUGCGUUGUCUUAAGUUGGUGGUGUUAUACCCACUCCCCUCCGUACUUAAAGGGCCCUGUUUGCAUUUCAGCCCCCUGUGACUGGCUCAUCUCUCCCCCUAGCUGUCUCCCUCCCCCCUCAACCUGGGCUGGGGGGGUGGGGCAGGUUGUGCUGAGAACAACCCAUCCCCUGGCUCUGGGUCCCUGCCCCACCUCCCAAGCUGCUGCUCCACCUGCCCGCAGCAGCCCCUCGGGCUGGUCUCCGUCGGGCCCUGGCCUCGGUCGCGCCCUGGGAGAGCGUGGGUCGGUCGUUUCCCCCGCCGUGGGGCAGCUGUGUAUAUAUUAGAGAGCGGGGGGGGGGGGGGCUUGCUGAGAGAAACCUUCCCCAAGCCCCUACGGCUGCCCCCUCCCCCACUUGCUGUAUAAAGCCUGUUUGUCCCCCGGCUGCACCCCCCCCCCACACACACACACCCCCUGUACAUAGUUGUAAUAUAUUGGGGGGAGGAACCCGCAACCUAAAAUUAUACUGAAGGAUAUAUUUAAAAACAAAUCUUGAAGCCGCUGGGGCCCCCCCCAGGGUGUGCGGCGGGGGGGGGGGAGGGAAAGAGGCGCAGGCCGGUAAACAUUAAAACAACACCUGCCACCCCCAGCCCCGUGGUGUUCACCCCCCCGCUCCCCGAAAUCUCUGUCCCCCACCUUUCUACCUUUUGCAUGGGUUUGUUUGUACAAAUUUACAUUAAAAAG